GGCUACUGAAGAGAAAAACGAAACGUGACUAGGCACCCAAAGAGGGCUGUUAUGCAACGAGUGACCUACUAACAUACAUUUGGAGACGGAAAGAGAGAGAGAAAUUGGAGCAAGUCAACCAACAUAACAUCCAGGGAUCCAAAGCAAAAUAAUAGUCGCGGAAGCUACCCGGGCAGCGAGAGACAAGAAUACCCCGCACUGCAGCCGCGAGUGGCAGACCCACGACACGACAGUUCACAGCACAGAGAAAGAGCACCGCGGCAGCUACAAUUUGAACUGGGAGCCGAGCGUGCUGGACUCGGGCGCUGUGGAUUUGACUUCUGCACGACAGGUCACUGACAAAAUACUGCCUCCAAACAUCUGCUCUCACAGAUACCUGUGCUGCACGGGCUGAGAGUAAACCUCCAUUGAGCAAGCCAUCGACAGUCUCUACGCAGGCACACUCAGUCCUACAGACAAGAGACUUUCAAACAGAAACAGAGUCCUUCCUCCAGACACCAGCAUUACUGUGCUCAUUUAGCAAAAGGCUCAAAGGUCAUCCACGGGAAACAGUUAAAUAUCCUCUCAUAUUGGGCUUUCAAAAUCGUGUUAAAUGUGGGAGAUUUUUGUGGAGUCCCACCUCUUCUUAAUAUUCCUAGCCAAUUUAGACACUUGAAUGACAAGAGGACCAAAAUCAAAGAAGCAAAACAAUUGAGAAACCAAUGAGGCUCCUCCCCAGAAGAGCACAAACAUCUCAUCUUAAAUUCUUGUCUGAUUUAGCCACUUAAAUGUCAAUUUGAAAUAAAAAAUCGCCUCAGCCAAGCUCCAGUGUCCAUCAUCCUUUUUCUCCCCUUCGCCCUCUUUGGAAAUUGUCCCUUUCAAUGCCAGCCAGGCGUCACCAAUCCAAACUGGCCGCCUCAGAACAAUGGAAAAUCUGAACUCGCAGGACUCCCUCGGUAUUUCAGAAAGCUUCUCACCCUUCAGCAGCAGCCUUCCGUCCACCCGCCCCGCCCGCAUCCUCAAGCCCAAGCCCAACAUGACGUGCCGCCGCAAGCGGGAGUUCAUCUCGGAAGAGAAGAAGGAUGCCUCCUACUGGGAGAAGAGGCGCAAGAACAACGAGGCCGCCAAGCGCUCACGGGAGAAGCGCCGGCUCAAUGACAUGGUCUUGGAGAACCGGGUGCUGGCGCUGAAUGAGGAGAACGUGCGGCUCAAAACGGAGCUGUUGCAGCUCAAGCUUCGCUUCGGUUUGAUCAGCACGGCCUCCUACAUGGAGAAGAGCCAGCAGAUUGGUGGCAACUCCGUCAACCACUACUUCUCCAGCGGCUACUCUAGCGGCUCCCAGGUCAUGGUCAACUCAGACUCUUCUGAGGCAGAGCAGUCCAGUCGGGGGGAUGGCAACACUCCACUGGCCAAGUACUCCCCCCGGGGUUCGCUCUCGGACAUGUCGGAUGGGUCCUCUCGAGACAGUCCUGAGCCCAUGACUUACGAGGUGAAGCACGAAAGCUCCAGCAUGGACAUCAACACCUUGGAGCAAGAGAACACCCAGAUGAUGUUCCACAGUCUCGGCUCACACCACCAGGAAAUAGAUUCAGUCAUGGAUUACCACCAAGAGCCUGCCAGCCUGCCCUCUGCUAACCUGGCCCCACAGAGGAGCGUGAUCCUGUACAGGUCUAGUAGCAGCUCAUACCCUGUGGAAAGCCAGAGGACCCAAGAAGUUGAACAGCAGCACACACUGGCCUCCCACGUGCCCCAAGUGGGAGGGAACCCCACAAAGCCAGAAAGUUCAGAACCCAUCACGGAGGGGACACACCAACUCAAAACCUUGGACUCAACCUACGAAUUCUCCACUGUGGAAGAACAGGCCACAUAUAACAUUCAGCAGGAGCACCAGCAGCACCGGAACCACCAGCUAGAGGAUCUUGGGCCAGACUCUUAUGCCCCAGACCUUCUGAACAGCAAUGAGGAAAGCGAUCUCUCUUCUUACCAUCCUUCCUACCUCAACUCCCAAGAUGAGGAGCCCCCAGUGCUCACCUACGAAGGUGGCCCUUCCUCUGAAACGUACUAUCAAGAGAGGUCAGCCAAGGACUCCUCCUCCAGUGAUGGAGACCCCCGGAGCUCGGAUAAAGAUGCUUCCACGGACGACGAGUCCCCGUUUUCCUCUUCCUGUUCCGAAGCGGGUGGCUACCACAGGCUGUCGUCCCAUCCUGUGUCCCCAGCUCACCCUUACUCCACCUCGCAGAAUCCCGGCGAAGGGCAGACUGAGGUCAAAACUACAGCCCUUCCUCAUAAGCUGCGCCUCAAGUACAGGGCUCUGAGCAAUGGGGGCAAUUCCCAGUAUGACACUUCUGCCACAAUGGUGUGCAGCCCAGUGCUACCCCAGCACCCUUACCUAGCACUUACCCAUGUCAACCAACAAACAAGCAACAGCAGCAUCUCAGCAAGGGAAAGCCAGACCCCAAUGGGGUUCUGCAAACCCGCACCCCAAGAUCGAGAACAAAAGGAAGAUGGGAAGAAGGAAACAGAGCGGAGAGUGAACAGCCGGAACAAGAGGCGUGACUGAAAAUGACAGAGCCUUCUCUGUUGGGGGGAGGGGUGGCUCACUAAUUCUCAAACACGCCAACCCCUAACUACAAAGGCCAGCCCUGGAACACAAAACAAUCACAAUUUAAUAUAAUCCACCAGGCUGGAUAUCUGGAUGCACUGUUUUACAGACUUGUCAGUAGAUAUCAAUGUUCAGAUUUUUUCUCCUUCAUUAGAAGACAAAAGCACUUAAUUAAGGCGUUAGCAGGUGGAAGGGAAAUGGAAAAAUGGAACCCUACCAGUUCUAAAACCUUUUCCAAGCUUUGAAAAGAAACUCAAUGUUCAGUCUAACCCCUUUAUCAACCCCUUUAUUGAUCCACACUUCUUUGCAACCAAGCUUGACCUCUAUGUCCAGUUAGCAUGUGGCCAACACACACCUAAAGCACUAGGUGACUCCACAAGCUGCACGACAUGAUGGGAACACUCCCUUGACCAAAGAAGCUUCUGUUUCCAAGUUCCAUUCCCCUUCACAACUGCCCGACACUCCCUCCAGGACUUUCCUUUAUUUUGGGUUACCUUUUUUUCAAGCACUUGGAUUGUACAUUACUGUGAUAUAUGAAUAUACAUAUUAUAUAAAUAUAUAUUUUAAGAAAAAAAAAACAGAAGAGAGCGGCUUGGACAGUUCUUGUCAAUGUCAGGAUGUGUUUCACAGUCAAACCUGUCUUGUUUGAAACAAUGCUUAGCCUGAAAAUCUUUUCACCGAACCACAAAUACCAGCCUCCGCUCACAAGAAACCCAGAGGCAAUGAGAUUUUGCUUGCUUCAGGGUGGGCUUUAAGAGUGCAGAGAUUUAUCAAAGCACGCCCUGCUGGAAAGCACCUAUCAACAAGAGGGAAUGAAGGUUAUUACAUUAAUAAGGAAAGACGUUUACCUUAACUCCUUUAUCACAAACUGAGAGCAAGCACAAGUUUAUAGCAUGUGAUGAGUUUGACUUGCAGUACAUUGUACAAAUUUAAUAAAAGCCACUCAGGUAUACUCAGUAUAUGUGGUAAAAGUGAACAUCUUUUUGAUGUACUGCAAGAUUGACAGUGACAGCAAUUAAUAUGAGAAUGUUUACAUCAGGUCCAUUCUGUAAUCUGGUCAAUUUUGUAAUUCCCAAUUCUUAACAAGUAUCCUAUUCAAUUAAAGAAAGCGUGUUUCUUUAGUUCCUUUGCUUUUUAAGUACAAUGCCAUGUAAGUUUUUCCAAUUACGUUUCACCACCUUUUAUUUAAAAAACCUGCUUAGUUUAUAAUCUUAGAACCAGUCAAACAGUCUUUAAACCAGCAGGCAUUUCCAGCUCUGCACUCAAUUCAUUUCAAAGCCCUUCAACUGUACCAUUACCAUAACAGCUGUAUCUGUAUCUGUAUAAACAGUCUAGCAUUGUUGUUUGUGACUGUUACAUUUUCAUAACCUCCUCAAUUAGAAAAUACAGCUUUAAGAACCCAUAGGAACUCUAAAAGUAUAGAUCCCGUUUUAGAAUGAGAAGUGUGGGGCUUGAGCUGAGCUUAGACAACAUAAGGGGUCAUUGUAAAUACUGGACUUUUAUUAGUGUGUGAAUGACAUUGUGAGGCUGGGUACCACAAGAUUUCUGAAAUUAAUUAAAUGCUAUGCACUGUUCUCAGCAACUGAAAAUGAGUACAAUGUUACUGAUGUGUAUUUUACAGUACUAUACCAAAACCUAUUCCCUACAUACAAUUAGGGUAUGGUUUCCAAGUAACCCUGCAGGCUGGGGUACACUCAAAGUUCUCUUUCAUCAAAUUACCCACUUGUAAAUCUUUAAAUGUAGGUUAUAAAAAGUGCGACAUGCUCCCUCCUCCCAGGCAAACAGAUCAGAUCUGUAUUUACCUGUCACUACCUUCUAAUGAGAGUCUUAACAUUUUCUAACAGAUGAGGAUGGCACUGAGUUCUCACUCUCAAAUUGAUGUCUGAGGUAUGAAACUGCUGGGACAUUUGAACAACUGAAAAACUGGAGGAAAAUGUUCUUUUAUGCACACAACCACUUUGGCAAAAUAUCCUGCAUAGUGUAAUAGCAAAACCCUCUUACUUGAAUGCCUUAAGCUUAAUUAAAAAACUGCAGGUAUCAUCCCAUGCAAAUUCUGUUCUGUAUUAACCAACGCCAUAGAGGUCAUGGGCAUGCCGUUUCUAGAAGGCAGUACAAGUCUGCUGCAUGGUCACGACAAAAAUAAGCACAGAUCUCUGUCAACAGUAUCUGCGGCUAUUUUUGGGCCUCCAGCUGCCGGCUCCAGCUCCUGCAAUGUUAGGAUUUGUGCCACAGCUUGCAUUUGUUAUUGGGAAUUGUCUUGUAUGCCAGUAUACAGCCCUGAGCCCCCUUCUCCAGAAGAUAAAAGGUCAAGAAGCCUCUGAGUCAGGCUAUAAUUCCAAUGUGUGAAAAGAUCCAGUGUUUUUUAAAUCCAAUUUUUAAUCGAAGAUCAGAAUAUCCAUUAUCUAAAUAAUCCAAUCUGAUUUUUAAUUGCUAUACAUAUAUUAUCAGCUGUUUUGCCACGAGAGCUGUUGAUUUUAUCAUAAAGUACAUGAAGGCUAUACCCAAUGACUAGAGACACACUGAGUGCUCAAAAUAUUUGUUGGCAAGUGAUAUGAAUGUGUGGCUGAUUUGAAGAGCCUGAGACAGGCUUCCAUCACCAUUCCCCAAUCAGAUCUCAGUCCUGCUGGAAUGUGGAAAAAGUAGUGGAACACGCAGUUUGACCCUGAUUUCCAUUACCUCUCAUCCCAGCCUCAGCUGAAGUGGAUAAGAAUGUGAAUGUGCUGCAGCUGUUUAGCAAAACCCUUGUGGAAUACAUGAAUCACCCUGUUGGAGCUGUGCUUACUGCUCUUAGAGGCCCAAGCAUACUUAUCCAAUUAAAGAGGGUAUGGUCCUUAUAUUUUGGCCAGUGACCAUAUACACAUGCAGAUGUAUGUGCUGGUUUUAGGACAAUUUUUUUAACCUCUAUGAAAUCUCCCCAGUGCUUAUACUGUAGGCUAUCCACAUUUCAAUCGUAGUAUAGCACCAAAGCAAUUUCAAGAAUUAUUUUGCUUUGGAAGCAUUUAUUUGAACAACACAAUAUGCACUGCUGCUGUCUGAAAAAAAAAACAGGAAUUAUAAAGACUACAACAGUGCAACCCAAUAAAUCAGAUUCUGAGAAGUAGAUGACCACAAGGACAAUCACGUUUAAAGGAGUAUUAAUUGCAUUGUUUA